GAACAAUAAUAAUAAUUUUACCAUUAAUAACAAUAUCAUCAAUAGUAAUGGUAAUAAUAGUAAUUUAAACAACGGUAAUAAUGUCAACACGACAGAAGAUAAUUACUAUUCCAAUCAAGAACAAAUUGACCUAAUUAAAAAACAAAUGAUGCUUCAAAAGCAGAAUAGCUAUUUGAAUGAAUCAACAGCAUCUUACAUGCAACAUGCCAGUAAAUCUCAAUCUAAUCUCAAUGGAGCUCAGAUAAGCAACUUGUCUGGUCAACAGCAACAACCGAGUGAAUUAACAACAUCGCCAACUUACCUUCCAAUUCACCAGCAAAGGGCAGUUAAUCAAAGUUUACUUCGAUACCAUCAACAUCAAUACCAAGCAUCUAUUAAUCCUCCAAUGCAGCCCAUGAGCCACUCAGUACACUCUGGACUUCCUCAACAAUCUCAGAAGCAAGCAAAUCUUCAACAACAAAGUGACCAACAACAAUUGUACAGCAAUUAUAGUGCAGCUCAUCAUAUGGGUAAAAGUCAAUCAACACCUAAUAUGAGUUGUCAACUUACCAAUCAAUUGCAACCUCAAGCUCAACAAUGUUCACCUUACAAUAUCAAUCACUGGGUGAUUCAAGAAGCUGAACUUCGAAGAUUACAUUAUACUCAGCAACAGGGGCCUGCAUUGAUGGCUCGUUCAACAGCAAUUAACAAGUUUCCUCAGCCAAGUCAAGUUAAUCCAAAUGCUGGUAACACUUAUGAGAAUCAUGUUUAUGAAAACAGUCCUUUUCGAGGUUCAAAUGCCUCAGGGUUGAACAGAAUUCCCAAAUCAUCCAGCAGCUGAUUCAAUGUUGAAGAAAAGUAACGGACUUCAAGUGACUCAAACACCUAUUCAAACGGUUCAACAAGGACAACCCCAACCUCAACCAACCCAACAGAGUCAACAACAAUCACCAUCACAUGGACCUUUACAAUUGGCUCAGCCUUUGCAAUCUCAACAAUUACAUCAACAACAGCAACAACAAAAGCAAAUGCUUUCAGUUAGUGGUAAAAAAAAGUGUUCAAACUGCGGCGAUGAGUUAGGUCGUGGAUGUGCUGCAAUGGUUAUUGAAACAUUAGCCCUUUAUUACCACAUAAAUUGUUUCCGCUGUUCAGUGUGUCACAUUCAAUUAGGUAAUGGUACAUGUGGAACUGAUGUUCGCGUUCGUAAUCAUAAACUUCACUGCCACAAUUGUUAUUCCAAUGAUGAAGCUGGACUCAAGUUUAGUCGUGUCUGAAUGAUUAAAUGAAUUUGGAUGCAAUUUAAACUGUUUGUUUCACUUGCUUGGUUCAAGUUUUUAAUUUAAUGGAUAAUUUAACUUUUAAUUGGUUAAAACAAAAAAACUCACACAGUUGCCAAUGAAUAGAAAGUAAAAUUGUAAUUGAUGUUGGACAAUCACAACUUCCAAGUUGACCACCAAAAACGGCUUCCAACUUAACCCAAGACUUAGACGAGUUUAUUAUUGAAGGCUCACAAUUAAAGGACACAAUUGCAAAUAAUGGAUAAAUUAUGGAUUUAAUUAAUGUUUCCUGAUCAAAUACUUUUAAUAUAUUUACCAAAUAUUAUCAGUAUUUACCAAUUUUUUGCGCAUCUUCAUCGACAGUUUUAUAAAUAAUAUUUUAUAUUUAUUUGUAUUCUUUGUAACCUUUGCUUGUAAAAGGACAAACUAUUGAUGAAACAACAAAUGAAACGAUUUAUAUUAUAUUAUGACAAUCAUCCCAACAAAGAUGUAAACAAAAAUGAAACAUGUUCAGUCAAUUGAUUGUUUUUUUUUCAUAAUUCAAUGUACAAUCAAUCGUCUAUCCUUGUUUCAUUUUUGGCCCCUGCAAAACUGAACUUGCCUUUUUUACUAUAAAACAAAACAUUUUU